GCGUCGUCGAAGCGCGACGCACUUCAGCGCUUGAAGAUAUACCAACAAGGCUUCUUUUCGCCGCUUAAAAGCUGCAUAUCUUGGUAAAAAACAUGUAAUUCGCAUGCUCACUUAGGUUGGGUUGCUAUGAUUUCCUCUCGAGUGUUACCGAUGCGAGGACAGACAUUCAGCAGAAAUAACGACGAGAUGACAUCCGGCCAUUUCAACUCGUCCAUCACUCGCCAUCCGUAGCAAUCAUGGCUAGAUCAAGGACUUCGCUGUGUGAUGCGCUGACGGCAGCGCUCCCGGCGGGCUCCAAGGAGCAGAUUUCCAAGAACACGCCCAUAUGGCCGGCCUUCAAGGGUAAGGUCCGCUAUAUCUAUACUCGGUCGCGGUCUUGUGAGCCGUUAUAUUCACCUUCCCCUGGAUGUGAUCCUGAGCAGACCCAACUAAGCUCGCACUUUCUCACUACUAGUGUGGCUGUCGUACAGACGGCGAAGACCUCCAUUUUUAUGACAGACCUCUUGAACAAGCAGCAGGAAGGCGUCCUCGGCAUUGGCAUUGAGGUUCUAAUCUACUCGACGAAGCACACGACGACUCUGUUCGUGAGCAAAGUCGACACCACUGGAUAUGUCGUCAAUCAUCCGCCUUCUCGAAUCAAGAUCAUCUGUACCACUUUCAUUAAGUGGCUAGUCGGUAUAGAAAGGCAAAAGCAUCCCAACCGGAAGGUGGUCGUCUCUCUCUUCGCGCGAGCUCAGUCGCAGUACCUAUUCCCUGGGUCUGCAGAGAAUGGGCUAAAGCGCCCUUUAGACGACAGACAGCUCAUUAAGUGGUGGGCCAAAGUGCUCGAUCCUUUGCUCGAUACGUCGGCGAGCGGACAGCCACGGUCUGCGUCAAGUAGUACAGACGUGUGCGGGUAUCUCACAAUACCUGGGUAUAGUAAGCAUGAGCUCAUGAGCUAUUUGCCACGCAAUGAACAUCAGCACGCCCGUAGUUGGAAGCCUGGCCAUCCUCUACUGGAGUUGUCGAAGACCCGCGGUCUACCACCAGACGCUCCCCCUCGCUCCAUGCUUCCGAGGUUUCCUGAUGAUCCAAAGUCACGCUUCAUGCAGGAUUUGGACGACGAGGUCGGCUUAACAGAAAGCUAUAGUGUCACGGUCAGCCCAGCCAAGCGUAAGAGCGGCCGAUGGAAUAAUGUCCGAGACCUGGAUCGCUUUUGGGAAGCAAUGGAGUUUCGUCAAGAAUGCUCGUCAGGCCGGGUCGUCGGCUUCUUGUGGGUUGUGAUAGAUUCUGCAGAAGCAUCCAGCAACGGCGAGCUUAUCGCCGAGAAUGGCGGGAGCCAGGAGUCUGCAAACUCUUGCGCAGACAGCGACCGAGCCGCAACGCCAACCCCAUCCGCAAAAAGCAGCCCGUCUAAGCGAAAGCGGAAGCGUCUCACCGGGCCCGUCAUAUCACGUCAGCCAAGGCUGAAGAACGGCUCCUCGUCACUCACUGCCAGCUCCGCAGACUUGGACACCAUGAUCGACAGUCAGCGCGGUGACGGCUUGCUCAUCUCCAGGGAAGGCUACGACAAGGCCAUGCAGACGCUUCUACAUUUAGACUUCGCAAAUGUGGAGGCUGCCGCUCGCUCGACGACGAAGUGGGUUGCGGAGGUAGCAAGUUCCUGCGGCCUGACCGGUGACUGGGGCGUGGACAUAAUCGGUACGGCGGAGAAUGUCGGUGCGGGGGACAGAUCGAGGGAGGAGCGAAGCGCAGCCAGUAACGAACCUGCCGAGGUCAAUGACUUGGGUGGCAUGGUGCGGAAAAAGAAGCGGAAGGCGGGUGAAAGCGCUGUUACGGAGCACCAGGAUGAAAGCAAGGCUGACGCACAAAAUGCGGUCAACUCUCUGAACGGCGCAGCGGUGCGCAAGAAGCCAAAAGCGGCAGCGACGUGACGAUGCUUGUAUAGUGGCAUGCUGUGGCGGUUGAAGGCUUGGGUAUUAGCGUGGCGUUUGGGUCUCGGUGUUGCAGAAUUUGCGUAGGGAGCGGACAUUAAUAUUACGUUCUUCUCCCUGUGUAGACAUGCCAUUCUCCGCUUUAUGAGGGAUGCAUGUAAGUAGCCCGCAUGUUACGCCAUAUGCUUCCUUUAGAGCUGAAUUGCGCUGC